CCGCUCCCAGUGCGCCUGCGCCGGGGGAGAGGCGCGCACAGAGAGGCUAUUGUUAGCCAGGCACCCCGCAGGUUGCCUCUCUUACGCCGCACUUUAUCCCCGGCUACCUGUUGCUCGUUCGCCGCCGUCUUCCCCGCAAAACUCGCCGUUUCGGACUGGGCCGCGGCCAGGUGAGCGACGGAAAAGUAUCCUCGGGGGAAGAGGAAAGUCAAGCGAAACGGAAACAAGGAAGUAAAAAAAAAAAAAAAAAAACGAAAACGAAAUUUCAACAGGUUCAAAUGUUUUAGCAGUUUGACGGGCUAACCGAGACGCACAAAAAUGCCGCUUGGCCCGUGGAGAAAGAAAAACAAGUCGACCAAGGACCACCUGGUGGACAACGAGGAGGUCGGCGGCGGGCACCACGCAGGUGCGGCGGGCUCGCUGCUCGCCGCCGGAGGCAACAAGUCGGCGGCGAACGGCGCCGCAGGACUGCCUCCGCCGCCCGCCAACCUGCGGCCCAAGCUGGUCUUCCACACGCAGCUCGCCCACGGCAGCCCCACGGGUAGAAUUGAAGGCUUCUCCAACGUCAAGGAGCUGUACGCCAAGAUAGCAGACGCCUUCAAUAUCAGCCCACCGGAGAUCCUCUUCUGCACCCUCAACACACACAAGAUCGACAUGGACAAGUUGCUCGGCGGCCAGAUCGGCUUGGAGGACUUCAUCUUUGCCCACGUCCGGGGACUCAAGAAGGAGGUGGAAGUGUUUAAGUCAGAAGAUGCGCUGGGCCUGACCAUCACCGACAACGGUGCGGGGUUCGCCUUCAUUAAGCGCAUCAAAGAGGACAGUGUGGUGGACAAGGUGAAGGUGAUCUGUGUGGGCGACCACAUCGAGCGCAUCAACGGCCGCAAUAUCGUGGGCACGCGCCACUACGAGGUGGCCCGCAUGCUCAAAGAGCUGCCCAGGAAGGAGACCUUCACCCUUAAGCUGGUGGAACCCAUGAAGGCCUUCGAAAUGCUGGAGCCGAGGUCCAAGGGCGCCAAGCCCAGCACCGACAAUAAGAUCGGGAACGGCAAGGCAACUCUGAGACUUCGCUCCAAGGGCCCGGCGACGGUCGAGGACGAGCCGACAGAGUUUGAGGAGAAAGCAGUGAAGAAGGUGGAUGACCUGCUGGAGAGCUACAUGGGGAUCAGAGACACUGAACUCGCGGCCACAAUGGUGGAGGUGGGCCGUGACAAGAAGAACCCAGAUGAGUUCGCCAUGGCGCUGGACGAGACACUCGGCGAUUUCGCCUUCCCGGACGAGUUUGUCUUCGACGUCUGGGGCGCAAUCGGAGAUGCCAAGCAGGGAAGGUUCUAGGUCGACACCUGCCCUCCACCCACCCUCCGAAAAAAACACAUACACAACUGAGUCUCGCUUGGUGAUGCUUUAGCGAAGCGCACGGGACACUCCUCCUGCCUGAACGCUAAACAUGUAGCCAUGUCAUUUUUUUAAUACCACUCUUAAUUAAUCUAUACAAAUCAGGUGAUCAUGCUGAUUUGUCAGCUAUAAUUUUAGAAAUGUAUGAAUUCCAUUUUCUUGGUUUAAAGGAGACACAUGAUGUAAAGAGGACUUUUUAAUGACUUGAACUGAAAUAGUUGGGUCAUCAAGAGUAUAAUUCAGCAACCAAGUAGAUCUUUUCUCAGCUUCCUGUUUCACAAAAUGUGUCAACUCUGCUAAUUCACACAACCCAGCCUCCUCACCGACUUUCUCCGUCCAUGACUGUGCAGCUAGGCUGGGUCAACAUACGUCAUUUUCAAGCAAUGGCCAGAUCGCACUAUGUCAAAGCCAAUUGCUGCAGUGUUGUUGGAAACGCACAACAGUAUUGAAGUGUUGCCUCCCUGAGUGAAAAUGCACUUCAAACUUUUACUGACUUAUGGCUGCUCACAUUUUUCUCCAUACUACCGCAAGGCCUGCCUGCAUACGCCUACAACUGCACCCCGUCAUCAUUUCUAACGAAAGCUGUACUCUGCGUUGGCCCUGCAGUAGAGGGGGACAGGGUGAGCAGUGGACAGCCUCCUCAAAACUGACUGAUUUCAUCAAGGAAAAGGUGUGCUGUAACUGUUGAUCCUUGGGCUAUUUUGACAAAAGACGUGUUAAUCGGACACCAUAUUACUGUUAUAAAUUGUGAAAAAAUGCGUAAUAUCAUCUGCUUUUGAAUAGGUUACCAUGUCCGACGACUUGUUUUGUGGUAAAUAAUCUACUGUUUUGACACGGAAAUGAAAUAAAAGGCACCUGUGAUAAGCUACAUUCCAAAACCUCCCGUCGUAUGUAUGCAGUUUUGCCCAAAAUCAUUUAUAACUUGGACACAUUUUUAGCUAAAGUGGAAUGUUUUUAUUUGUUUAGGGGCAUGUUUUUUUUAAACUGGAAAUGACACUAAGUGGGCGGCACGUUGGACGACUGUUUAGCACAUCUGCCUCACAGUUCUGAGGACCGGGAUUCAAUCCCCGACCCCACCUGUGUGGAGUUUGCAUGUUCUCCCCGUGCCUGCGUGGGUUUUCUCCGGGCACUCCAGUUUCCUCCCACAUUCCAAAAACAUGCGUGGUAUGUUGAUUGAGGACCCUAAAUUGCCCUUAGGUGUGAAUGUGUACGCGAAUGGUUGUUUGUUUCUAUGUGCCCUGCGAUUGGCUGGCGACCGCUUCAGGGCGUACCCUGCCUCUCGCCCGAAGAUUGCUGGGAUAGGCUCCAGCACACCCUCGACCAAAGUGAGGAUAAGCGGAAUGGAAGAUGAAUGAACGAAUGACACAAAGUGGCAAAGGAUUGAUCUGUUGUAAUGAGAGUCAUCAAAGUUUUAUUUUGGUCAUUAAGCAAAUGUGCACACGUACAAAAUAUGAUACACAUGCAAUUUUUUUUAAAUAAUUCUUAACUUAGAUCAUUUUAAUCCAAUAUACUGAAGAGAGAGGCUAAAGAAUGACAAAUUGUUAAAACGUAAGAAACUAUGAAAAUAGCAAAUAGUGGUACCUUGACAUACAAGUUUAAUUUGUUCUGUGACCACACCGCUAACGCAAAACACUUAUCUUAAAUCAUCUUUUCCAUUGAAAUGAUUGGAAAUGCCAUUAGUCUGUUCGAGACUGUACUUUGGUGUUCAAUCCGUUUGUUAAAAGGGUUAUAGCGCCGCAACAUCAUGCUAGUUAUGCCAUCUACCGGACUGAAUGCCUAAGCUAUACGGCUGUUUUAAAUGCGUAAGGUGUAAUUACUUUGUCUGGGAGUGGCAAUACAGCUUGAAACCUGUUUUUUUGAAAUUGUUCACUAAUUGUAUCUCCCAAACUGCUUGUUGUGAAGAGAGUUGAGUCACUGCCACCACACAGUGUUCAUAUCUCAACUCCGCGCUCGCAAAAAAGAUUUUGUGAGUUGGCUCGUAUCACAAAGAAACGAGCAAGGCAUCACUGUAUAUUUUUUAAUGACUAUACAUUACUUUAUUGUCAUUAAAAAGUGUCUUUUCUGCUGUCACAAGGGAAUUGCCACUGUUGAACAAUAAAAUUGUGUUGUCGCAA